AUGGGUAAACGCAACAGAGCCGCCUUGUUACCUACUCACUUGCCUCAACUUCAAAACUUGAUCAAGCGUGAUUCCAAGUCUUAUGAAGCCGAAUUCCUCCAGCAAUGGCGACAUUUCCAAUCGACUCUUUCCAUCUUUUGCUUGAAGCCUGAUGAAGAUUCCAAAGAGCUUUGUGAAUUGGUCACUUUCAUGAGUCAAGUAGCUCAAUGUUAUCCUGAGUUGACCAAGGAUUUCUCUCAGCAAAUUGUGGAUCUCUUGAAGGAGCACUGUACUGUGCUCCACCCUGAAGUCAGAAAGAGCUUGGUUCAGGCUCUUAUUCUUCUCCGUAACAAGGGCAUUCUCGAUAAUACCCGUCUUUUACCUCUUUUCUUUACUCUGUUCAAAUGCAAAGACAAGAACCUCAGAGAACUGCUCUACAACCACAUUGUCAACGACAUCAAAAACUCCAAUGCCAAGGUCAAGAACAACAAAUUGAACAAAACCUUGCAAGCAUUCAUGUUCACCAUGUUGGAGUCAGCUACUACUGGUAACAGUGAGGAAAAUGCUAUUGCUGCCAAGAAGAGUGUGGACGUCUGUGUUGAUCUUUAUCACAAGAAUGUUUGGAACGAUGCCAAGACUGUCAAUGUCAUUGCUGAAGCUUGUUUUUCCCCCAUCACCAAGGUCUCUGUCACAGCCGUCAAGUUCUUUUUGAACAGUAAUGACCAUCAAGAGGAGGAAGAGGAGGAUGAAGAUAUUCCUGAUUUGAAAAAGAUGCAAAUGGCCAACUUGCACAACAAAAAGUCCAGAUCUAAAGAUCGCAAGAUGGAUGCUGCAAGAAAGAAGGUCAAGAGAAAGCAAAAGAAGGGAGAAAAGGCCGAGAAUUUCAACUUUUCAGCACUUCAUCUUUUGAACGAUCCUCAAGGUUUUGCUGAAAAGCUGUACUCCAAGCUGACAUCCAAGGACGAUCGCUGGGAAGUGCGUUUGAUGAAGAUGAAUUUGGUCUCUCGUGUCAUUGGUAUCCAUCAAUUGACCAUCUUAGGUUUCUAUCCUUUGCUGAUGAAGUAUCUCCAACCCUCUCAACGUGAUGUGACCAUGGUCUUGGUGUGUGCUGCUCAAGCUUCACAUUCCCUCGUUCCUCCUGAUAUCUUGGAACCUGUAUUGAAGGCCAUUGCCAACAACUUUGUCACCGACCGUGUUGCCAAUGAAGUCAUGGCUGUGGGUAUCAACGGCAUCCGUGAAAUUUGUAUUCGUCAACCUCUAGCCAUUGAUGCUACCUUGUUGCAAGAUUUGACUCAAUACAAACAACAUCGUGAUAAGAGUGUGCUUAUGGCUGCUCGUUCUCUCAUUGCUCUGUUCCGUGAAAUCAACCCUGAAAUGCUGUUGCGUAAGGACCGUGGUAAGACUGCCACCAUCAAGAUGAAGGAUGGCUCUAUUCGUUCUGUUGCAUUCGGUGAAGCUGCCAACAACAUGGAUGGUCUUCAGGGCCUGGAGUUGCUUGAUGCUGAAGAGAAGGACGAUGAAGAUUGGGGAGAUUGGGAGGUCGAUGAUUCCAGCGACGAGAGUGAUGAAGAAGGUGGUUGGAUCAACGUUGCUAGUGAUGAUGAAGAUUAUGUCAAGGUCAACAUGGGCGAUGAAGAGCAAGUUCCUGAGGAUGAGGACAACAAGAAAAAGCUUCAAUACAAGGUGGGCCCCAACGGUGAGAUCAUCAAGGCUCGUCGUAUCGGUAAACGUCAACUCAAGAAGAUGAUGGAUGCUGAGGAACACACUGAAAUUACAGAAGAACAACGACAAAAGCUGGUAGAAGCUGUCAAGGCCCGUCGCGCUGAAGAAGAAGCCAAGCACGAAGCUGCCAUCAAGUUGGCUACCACUCGUAUUUUGACGCCUGCUGAUUUCGCCCGUUUGGAAGAACUCAAGACGAACAAAGAAAUUGAACAAAUCCAGGGCAAGAAGCGUGGUGCAGAUGAUGCUCAGCACGAUGGCGAGAUUGAUGAAAUGACCAUUCUCGGUCCUCGUAAGAAGGCCAAGCAAGAUUACGAACAGAGAAUGGCCUCUAUUCAAGAAGGUCGUGAAGGUCGCGAGAAGUUUGGUUCCAACAAGGGCAAGAAGGAAAGAGGUAGUACCACCAACCGUGAAAAGGCCAGAAAUAAGAACUUUAUGAUGGUUGCUCACAAGCAAUCUGUGCUCUGGAAGUCCAAGCGUAGUUUGUUUGACAAGCAAAAAUCACUACGAGCUGCUAUUGAGAAGCAAAAGCGUCUCAAGCAUUAA